AUGGAGUCGAUCCUGGCAAGAGCUCUAGAGUAUACUCUCAAGUACUGGCUCAAAUCAUUCACCAGAGACCAGUUCAAAUUGCAGGGUCGCACCGUUCAGCUCUCCAAUUUAGAUUUAAACGGGGAUGCAUUGCAUUCCAGCGUUGGAUUGCCACCCGCGCUCAAUGUCACCACUGCCAAAGUUGGCAAAUUGGAGAUCAUGCUGCCGUCAGUGAGCAAUGUACAGAUAGAGCCAAUCAUUGUGCAAAUUGAUAGGCUCGAUUUAGUUCUUGAGGAGAAUUCUGAUUUUGACACUUCUGAAAAUCAUACCAGUUCAACGCCAUCAAGUGCCUCUGCCAAGGGUAGCGGGUAUGGUUUUGCUGAUAAGAUUGCAGAUGGAAUGACUAUUCAGAUUCAUACAGUUAAUCUAUUACUUGAAACUCGUGGAAGUUCUGGUCGUCAAGGGGGAGCAACAUGGGCACCACCUAUGGCUUCUAUCACCAUGCGCAACCUUCUGCUGUAUACUACAAAUGAAAGCUGGCAGGUUGUAAAUCUUAAGGAGGCUCGUGAAUUCUCCAGUAAUAAGAAGUAUAUAUAUGUCUUCAAAAAACUGGAAUGGGAAUCUUUGUCUAUUGAUCUUUUGCCUCACCCUGACAUGUUCACGGAUGCUACUUUAGGACGUUCUCAAGUGGGAGCAAACCUGAGAGAUGAUGAUGGUGCAAAGCGAGUAUUCUUUGGAGGCGAGCGUUUUAUAGAAGGAAUAUCAGGAGAAGCUUAUAUCACAGUUCAGAGAACUGAAUUGAACAGUCCACUUGGGCUUGAGGUUCAGUUACAUGUCACCGAAGCUGUUUGCCCUGCAUUAAGUGAGCCAGGACUGCGUGCACUUCUCCGCUUUAUGACAGGAUUAUUUGUCUGCCUAAACAGGGGAGAUGUAGAUUUCAAGGCUCAGCAGCGAUCAACUGAAGCUGCUGGGCGUUCUCUUGUCUCAAUUGUUGUGGACCAUAUAUUUCUUUGCAUUAAAGAUUCUGAGUUCCAGCUUGAGCUUUUAAUGCAGUCCCUCUUCUUUUCUCGGGCCAGUCUUUCUGAAGGAGAUAAUGACAGUAACUUGACCAGGAUUACAAUUGCAGGAUUAUUUUUGAGGGAUACCUUUUCACGCCCUCCAUGUACCUUAGUGCAGCCAUCAAUGCAAUCUGUCACAAGAGAUGCUUUCCCAGCGCCAGAAUUUGCUAGAAGCUUUUGCCCUCCAAUAUAUCCUCUAGGAGAACAGAAGUGGCAAUUGAUUGUGGGAACUCCUCUAAUAUGCCUCCAUUCCCUUCAGAUAGUACCUUCACCACUUCCACCAUCCCUUGCUUCUCAAACGGUUAUUGAUUGUCAGCCUCUUAUGGUUCAUCUUCAGGAAGAAUCCUGCCUGAGGAUAUCAUCUUUCUUAGCUGAUGGUAUUGUUGUCAAUCCUGGUGUCAUUUUACCGGAUUUCUCAGUAAAAUCUUUUAUUUUCACUCUCAAGGGACUGGACCUUACAGUUCCUUUGGAUAAGACCCAAUCGGAUAUUUCUAAAAGCAAUAUGGACAAUACAGUCAAGACCUGCUUUGCUGGAGCAAGGCUUCAUAUUGAGAACCUUUUCUUUUUAGAUUCACCCUCGAUGAAACUAAGAAUACUGAACCUGGAGAAGGAUCCAGCUUGCUUCUGUCUAUGGGAAGAUCAACCAAUUGAUGCUAGCCAGAAGAAGUGGACUGCCAGAGCAUCCCAGCUUACUUUAUCUCUGGAAGCAACUACUGGCAUUCUUGGACAUCAGAAUUCUCUUGGAUGGACUGCUGGAUUGUGGAGAUGUGUUGACUUAAAAGAUCUUUGCAUUGAAGUAGCUAUGGCAACUGCUGAUGGCAGUCCAUUGUUAAAGGUUCCGCCUCCAGGGGGUAUUGUGAGGGUUGGUAUUGCUUGUGAACAGUAUCUUUCCAAUACUUCUGUUGAACAAUUAUUUUUUGUCCUUGAUUUUUAUGCUUAUUUUGGGAGAGUUGGUGAGAGAAUAGCAAUAGCUGGAAAACAAAAACAAUUGAAGGACGUUAGGAACAAAUCUUUUAGUGGAAAGCUGAUGGACAAGGUUCCUAGUGACACUGCUGUAAGUUUAGCAGUAAAAGACCUCCAACUUCGAUUUCUUGAGUCUUCAGUGAAUGUUGACGGAAUGCCUCUAGUACAGUUUAUCGGAGAUGAUUUGUUCAUUAGUGUCACUCAUAGAACCCUUGGUGGUGCUAUUUUUGUUUCAUCCACUUUACGUUGGGAAGGUGUUGAGAUAGAUUGUGUGGAUUCUGAAGAGCACUUGGCAUGUGAAAAUGGCUCACUUUUUAGUUCUGAAGAAAAUGUUCUCUCGAUGAGUGAUAAUGGAUACCCUCAACUGAGAGCUGUUUUCUGGGUGCAUAACAAGAAGAACCAUUUAUUGAAUGGAAAUGCUCAUUCAGUCCCGUUUCUGGAUGUAAGUACAGUGCAUGUCAUGCCAUUUUGUGAAGUAGACAUGGAGUCACAUAGUUUGAAUGUCUCAGCUUCUGUAUCUGGUGUUCGUCUUGGUGGGGGUAUGAACUAUGCUGAAGCCCUCCUGCAUCGAUUUGGAAUACUUGGGCCUGAUGAUGGUCCUGGGAAGGGUCUUUCUAAAGGGUUGGAAAACUUACAAACAGGACCGUUGGCAAAACUCUUUAAGACAACACCUCUCAUUGUUGAUAAUUCAGAAGAUGGUAUGAAACAGUUUCAUCUCAUUUUCUGUAGCUGGUGGAAAGAAGGUUUUCCACAGUUGAAGAAGCCAGAUAAUGUGGAUGUAACUAUAGAAUUGAGAGACUGGUUAUUUGCUCUUGAAGGUGCACAAGAGAUGGCUGAAGGAUGGUGGUUCUCCAGCCAAGAAGAUUUAGGCAGAGAAAAGAGGUGUUGGCACACAACUUUUCGCACUUUACAACUAAAUGCAAAAAGUAGCCCAAAGAAUAUUCCAGAUGGAAAAGCACAAUUGCCUCGAAUACAACAAUAUCCUGUAGAACUGGUUACGGUUGGUGUUCAAGGGCUGCGGAUCUUGAAGCCCCAUACCCAAAAUGACAUUCCUUCGUCAAUGUUAAAUGCAAAUGGAGUUAAAGAAUUUGCUGAUACUUUGGAGGGAAUUGAUCUUGAAGUGGGCUUCAUAUUAUGUGAGGAUAAUGUUGAUGAUGAAAUGGCCAAUUGGGAAGUGGAAAACCUAAAAGUUUCUAUAAAGCAACCGAUUGAGGUUAUUGUAACCAAGGAUGAGGUCCAACACCUUACUUUUCUGUUGAAAUCUGAAAUUGAUUCCAUGGGCCGGAUAACAGCUGGAAUUCUACGGCUGCUUAAGUUAGAAGGUUCUGUUGGCCAGUCUGUAAUGGAUCAGCUAGGCAGCCUAGGGAGUGAAGGCAUUGACAAGAUUUUCUCUCCUGAGAAGCUCAGCUUAGAUGGUAGUGUUCGUAGUAGAGGACUUUCUCCAUUACCAAACCUGAUAAACGAAAGCCCACGCAAAACUAUGGAACCAACAAUAACUUCGCUUGAGGAAGAAGUUGUGGAUUCACGGGCUAAGAUUAAUGAUUUGAUAACUGAAAUUGGUACUUGUGAGUCUUCCUCUCACCACCUUACUGUUGUUAAACAACUCAGUGAAAAGAUGGAGUCGAUGCAAGGUUUGUUGAUGCAAUUACGGAAUCAACUUUAA